UUAAUUAUUGUCUUUAUUCCAGGCGGACAAAAAGAACGAGCGUGGGUGUUAUUUCCAGCGAAGAAGCAGCGUGCCGUCGUGUCUCGUGAGCCCCCCUUUAACGCCCCCUUGUAGCUCGGAGGCGGAGACGGGACCCCCGGUGACGUCAGUGGGCCUGUCUGUUUCCUGCAAUAGAAAGUGAGGGAGAAGGUGAAGGCAGAAAACCAAUCUCUUUUGUCGCUUUAAAAGAUGUACGCCGAUGCCGCCGUCACCGCCACCUCGGGUCUCAGCUUCCCUCAAGGCUCGGCAGUAGAGGCCCGUUUUUCCCAACAUGCACUUGUGAACUGAGGUGGGAAAGAUGCCGCGCACCAAGCAAAACAACCCGAAAAAUCUAAAAGAUAAAAUCGAAGAGGCGCAGAAAGAGCUUAAAGACACGAGCUCAACGAAAGGGACUUCUGGAAGCAGUCGACGAAUUGAAGACAACAUCAAAGGCCUGAAGAGGAAAAAGGUUGUCGCGGAAAACAAGCUGAAGAAAAUUCCUAAAUCCCCGGUGAAAAAACCUCCUCAGCUGAAAACUCCUGAAACUGCUGACCAAGGAGGAUCCUCUAAGGAAAAGGAACCCUCUUGCUCCCCUGCUUCCAACAGGACUUCCAAUCAUCAUUCAACAUCACCGACUGGGGAAAGCGAGUCACAGGAUGCCCGACCGGUUGAACCACCCCCUGAAGAAGGGGUAUCCGUCGCUGACCACGAAAGGCUGAAGCAAGAGGAAUCAAAGCCAACGCCUCCGACACAGGAACCGGCAGAAGAAGAGGAGAGUUCUUUGAAAGACCGUGACACCCAAAACUGUAGCGUUGAUAAAACCGACAAAGAUCCGUACCACACCAGCGCUCCACUUGAUGUCCUGCUGAAAGCGAUGGAGCCUGACAUGCUUACACUUGCCGAGAGGAAAAAGUCUUUCCCGGUCUCAGGUCCGCACACUGGGGAAUUGUCCAACAUGCCAGCCGCCAAUGUUGGUCUUCAAACUCAGUCGUCUCCUAUGCAGACGUAUUAUAUUGACAAACAGGGUCAUUUCAUUGGCAUUGCAGCACCGUUACAGGGUAGUGUACAUGCAUCCACGCAGGGUGAGGCUCUGACCUUUGCAAAUCAACAUUUUAUUCCCGUUGUUUCUAAUCCCGAAAAUCCAAGCAUUCACAUGAGCUUUAAUACUGGACCGCCUGCUCUAACUCAUGUACCCGCUCCCUCAGGCUCAAAUGCUUUGCCAAAAAGUCAACCCCCAAUUGUGCACACCUGCCGGUCGCUCUCUGCGACUGUUCCCAGCGCCAUUCAGGUGCCGGUUACACCUGGGAACAACCACGUUCAGCUUACGACUGUAAUGAACUUUGGCGGCGAGCAUGUUUCUAAGGACCAAAAGCCAAAGAAGCCCGGCAAGUAUGUAUGCGAGUACUGCCACCGGCCGUGUGCAAAGCCCAGCGUGCUGCUGAAACACAUCAGGUCUCACACAGGAGAAAGACCAUACCCGUGUGUAACCUGCGGUUUCUCUUUCAAAACCAAGAGCAACUUGUAUAAGCACAAGAAAUCCCACGCUCACGCUAUAAAACUUGGUCUCAUUGCACGCUCAGAGUCAGGAGGUGGGCUCCUGCCACAAGAAUCCGACAAAGCCCUGGGAACACAUUCCGAGGUAGAGGAGAGCGGGGACAGUGAUGAAGAAGGGAGCACUGUAGACCUGGAUCCAGACUCAUCGCAGAGCAGUGCAGCAGCCUUGUCUGAAAAUAGCUCACAGAGUGCCGGUACAGCCCAAGCAAUAUUCGGGGAGGCGGACUCAUUAGCUGCGUUCGAUUCAAUGAAACCAACCCAAGCUCAGAGAAGUCAUGAGCCCAAAGUGACGGCUGCGCUGCCAAAAGUUGUCGUUUACCCAGUUAAUGUGUCUCCUUUAAGGGCAGACAGCCCAAGAGUUACAGGUGCAGCGCCUGAACAAGCCGCGUCGCAGCGCCAACGAGAGUUCCCGACUGCCAACCUGAGAUCAAACAUCACGGUCCUGUCAUCGCUGAAAGAGGUGGUUGGUACAAGUCCUUCACUCGAUACCGUGAGUGAAGAUGAAGACCAGCAAUGUAAAUCUCCACUUUUAAGUGGACAUGCCCAGCUUCAGAGGCAACAAGCUACAGACUUUUCACAACAGCAACAGGCAAAGUGUCUACUGAGCCCUCGUAGUUUGGGAAGUACAGAUUCCGGCUACUUCUCUCGCUCUGAAAGUGCCGACCAGGCAAUGAGUCCACCUAGUCCAUUUGUGAAGAUAACACCCCCAGCUGACAUUGAUCUAUCCAAAAAGGAUAUGUCUUCUGCCCCUCCUGUAAUUUCUACAGUAAUGCGUGCGGUAGCAGAGCAAAGAUCGCAAGUAACAGAUGGACAGAUGCGUCCCCCGUUAGAAACUAAAACCCUUUCUCUGGAAGAAAGAAUUUCAAAGCUGAUUUCGGACAAUGAGGCAGUGGUUGACAACAAGCAAUUGGACAGCGUUAAACCAAGGAGGACCUCUCUGUCAAGGAGAGGUAGCAUUGACUCUCCCAAAUCCUACAUAUUUAAAGACUCCUUUCAGUUUGAUCUUAAACCAAUAGGACGGCGGUCAAGUUCCAGCUCAGACAUUCCCAAGUCGCCUUUCACUCCCACAGACAAAUCGAAGCCAGUUUUUCUUCUCUCUGUACCUUCUCAAUACCCCCCUAUGGAUUGUUUACCGAUUACAAGGAGUAACUCUAUGCCGACUACACCAGGACACUCUGCUCUUCCAUUUAAUAUUGCUCACCUGGCCCACCCUUUACGAAUAUGUCAUUCUUUUGAUGAGAAAAGUACAAUAAAUGAUGACGUAUUUUCAUCCGCACCUUCUACCCCCAAUCCAGCAAUACAUUCCCGGACUUUAGUCAGACAAGCAGCAGUGGAGGACUUUUCCACCAGUGAGGGGCACAGACUUCCUACCGUCCGCUCGAUGGAUGAUGCCUAUCAUGCUCUAAACAAUAGCACAGAAUCAAUGCAGAGAAGUCGGUCUUUUGAGUACAGUCAAGAAAGACAAAGAAAAUUUCAGCAAAAUAAAGGUACGAUGUAUGAGUGUGAAACUUGUCGAAACCGGUACAGAAAGUUAGAGAAUUUUGAAACUCACAAGAAAUUCUACUGCUCGGAACUUCACGGGCCAAAACACAAGCCUGUUGUUGUUGUUAAAGAAAGUGAUCAAGAUGUUUUUCAUGCCAACACACAGACACAUUUAGUUCCAAGAUCAGCUACUGGAUCAGGAGUAAUGGAUCAACAGACAUCAAUCAGGAAGAGAAGGAAAAUGAAAAGUGUCGGAGAUGAGGACGAUCAAUCUCCAACUGACACAAAUCCGCCGUGUUCGGUUAGUUUUGAUUCAGGCCAGUUGCCAACAGCCCUGGCAAGUCAAAGUUUUCCCCAGCAUGGUGUAAUGGUGGACAUUCAACCCAAAAUUAACCAGACAAAGCCACCUCCAAUUCAGCUCGUAGCUCGAGGUCAAAGUUCUUCAGAUUCUAGACUGUCCCCAAUCCGAGAGACACAGAUCAACACCUGCACUAAAGGGGAAAUCCAGAGGCAAAGCAGUGGUACUUCAGUCAUCAGACAUACCAACUCUCUCAGCAGACCCAGUUCAUUUGAGACAGAAUCUACAGAAAAAGGUUCUCCUCUGGACAGCAAUGAAAAGGAUCCUCUGAAAUCCAAAACAGAUACAUCAUCAGAUAACAACUACCAUGACAAGUUAUCAAACCAGAAAACUACAGAAGCUGAUUAUGGAAAUCAAAGAAUGGAGCAAUCUACCGAUGGUACAGUGGCUGCAACUGGGGAAAUCUCUACCCCUUCCCAUCAGUGCCGACUAGUUCGUCAAAACAACAUCCAAGUUCCUGAGAUUUUAGUCACAGAGGAACCUGACAGAGAACACGAAGCACAGACAUCUGAGCCAACAGAAAAGCCCGCAGAUCAGUUCAACUGGCCACAAAGAAGCGAGAGUUUGUCAAAGUUACCCACUGAAAAACUCCCACCAAAAAAGAAAAGAAUUCGUCUCGCUCAAAUGGACCACUCCUCGGGUGAAUCAAGCUUUGAGUCCAGUCUCUCCCGCAGCCUGAGCAGAGAUAGUACUCUCUCACACUGUUCCAGCAUUUCAGCCUCCUUUGACAGAGAAGAAGCAUCCCGGUCAGAGAGUCCAUCAAGAGUAGAAUGUAUGAACAAAAUUCCAGAGCAGCUAAGUCAACCCAAAGUAUUCAGUACACUUGGUGUACCUGGAGCAAUGAGGCGUGCUGCAUCCGAACAGAUUACCUGUACCCAACCCUCUGUGGAAAUUUCAUGUGACUACCGUAGCAAGUCUUUUGACUCUGGCAAUGUGUCCCCCAAGAGAGGCCCAUCACCUGUUGGGCAGCCUAAAAGUGGAACAAUCCAGGUUCCACUUAUUGAAAGAAGGCGUGGCCCAUUAGUUCGUCAAAUGUCUCUAAAAAUAUGCCCAGAUAAUCAGCAGCCUGUACGGAAGGCUGUCAUCACCCUCGACAAAGCUCCAAAUACAAAUGCAAACCAAAAUAGAUGCCAGCAAAUUCAAAUUGUCAAUAGAUUUCCCUUGGCCCAACCUGUCCUCCUACAAUCUGGAGAAAUUCCCCUGCAAAGAAAUGAGCAAACGAUCCAAAGUAUCAACCUGGGGAGCACAACACAGCAAACCCAGAUCUAUGGCCUUCCACACCCUUGGCAUCAAACAUCUAAAAUGCAAACCUGCCAAAAGGUGCCGCAACCUUUGAGCCAGAUCAUAGUUGGUGGUGACAAUGCCCGAAACAAGCCGGCUGACGUAGAAGAAAAGAAAUGUUAUGUGCCCAAAUACCAAUUGCAGUGUCCUACUCAAGGACCAAGUCAAAUGUUUUCUUUCACCAGCACACAUGGGUCUCACGUCGCAUUGCCAGUUUUAACAAUGCCCGUUGCCAAUCCGAUUUUGAGCAUUCCGAAACCAUCGGAUGAACUCAGAAAAGUGUGUACCGCGCCACCCGAUCAGCAUGCUUCUGAUGUUAAGAACACAUCUGUUGUUUUGCACGGUGAGCAGAGGAGGGAGUCAAACAAUCACACGCAAUCAGGUGGUAUUCCAUUGCCCCAGAUCCUCAUAACUCAUGAGCAAAUGCACACUGUUCCUUCGGUCUCCGGCAAGAAUGCUUUUCCAUCCAUUCAUCUUGUAGAUGCUGAAACUCAUACUGCGCCAGGUGUAAAGAAGGGUUGCACUCAAUUUGUUAAUAUUAAUAACAAGAAUGGGGAAAGAGUGUCGAGUCCGAGCUCUUUACAUUGCACACAGAAACUAUCGUCAGUGACUUUAUGCCCCCAACAGGAGCCCAUUGCUUCAAGUAAAAGAAUGCUGUCACCUGCCAACAGUUUGGAUAUCUACAUGGAAAAGCAUCAAAAACGGGCUAAGGACGAGCACGGCGUGGCCUGCCUGACUGACGGAAGAUCUGUCAAUUAUCUCAAUUCCAAUUUAUCGGAAGUGACCAGACAGCGGAAACUGACGCUUGUAAGGCAGGUUUGCACCACUGAACCGGCGGACAGUCCUAUCGAAACAGAGGCCCCUCCUUUUCCCCAAGUUAAAACGGACACCGAGAAGGACCUUGACGACGUCAAGCCUAUGUCACCUGACAGCACCAGUAUUGAGAAAGACGCAAGCAAAGUUAUUCCCGAAGAGGCUGGCCGUGCUAGAAAUACUUCACCCGAUCGCCAGGCUUUCCCCACGCCAGCUAAUAACCCUCAGAAGACGCCACAGAAAAUGGAGGAGCAGAGGUGGAAUCCGGUCAAAUCACCAAUCAGACCUUCCAGUUUCCAUGGUGGUCAAGUAAAACCGACCACAUCCGUUUCCGUGUUUUACGCGAAAGACAGCCAUCGCCUUUCCUUCCCCAGCCUGAAGACGACCACCACGUUCACCUGGUGCUUCUUGAUGAAGAGAAAACCACUUCACGUGCUCCAGAGUGACCUGAAGACUUCAGCUUACGCUGCAUGGGCAGUCAACCCAAACAAUCCAAACCCACUCGGGUUGCCCACAAAGGUGGCCAUGUCCCUACUUGACUCCAAACACACCUCCAAAAAAAUCCACUACACCUCUGCGAUAAGAACCACCGGGAAGUCGGACAUCUUGUCUUACUCGGGCAAGCUCAAAGAUGUCAUGCCAAGGGUGCCAUUGAUCCAGAAGACUUUAUCAGUGGAGAGCAGGAGUAAAGUGCAAACAGAAACUCAUUCAAGCAAUGAGUCAGACAAGGAGGUGGCAUCAAAAACAGAACCAAGGCGGAUCAAAAUCUUUGAUGGCGGAUACAAAUCCAACGAAGAGUACGUUUACGUACGCGGGCGAGGGCGCGGUAAAUACAUCUGCGAGGAAUGCGGGAUCCGCUGUAAGAAGCCCAGCAUGUUGCGCAAACAUAUCCGUACCCACUCUGAUGUUCGGCCAUACCACUGCAUCCACUGCAACUUCUCCUUCAAGACCAAAGGGAACCUCACCAAGCACAUGAAGUCCAAGGCACACAGUAAGAAGUGCAUGGAGAUGGGCGUGCCCAACGUGAUCACCGAAGACCAGGAUGCGGAGGACUCAGGAGACCGCAGUCAGGUGAGCAGUGCCGACCGCCAAGAUUCGGACGGCGACGACUCGGACGGCCCUGAUGAGGAAGACAAUGAGGACGAGGAAGAGGAGGACAGCCAAGCGGAGUCGGGCCUGUCCACAAACCCCUCGGUGUCCGCCAGCCCGCUGCAUGUUCCGUGGAAGGAGGCCGAGGUGCCCCCCAGUGCCCUCCUGGCACAGAUGUCCAUCAGCUCCCUGGCACAGACGCCAGCCGCCGAGUCCCAGGCGUCAGACUCGCCGUCCGUCCCCGUGGUGGACCCUCUGUCCCUGAGCAAGCAGAUGUCCAUCUCGGGGUCCUGUCCCAGCCUGCCGCCGCUCUGCUGGGGGUCCCUCCCGCCCGCCACCAGCGCCGACUGCAACCUCUCGGACACGGAGUCGGUGCACAUGAUGAGCCCGGUGUCGCCGUGCAGGCAGAUGUCCAUCGACUACCCGGACGGCGACGUGCCUCCGAGCCCGCCGGUGACGGGGACGGGAUUCAGACCGAGCCAGGCGCCCGUUCCUGCCGCCCAUCCCAUGGCGACGACGGAGUCGGGCUCCCCGGUGGACCGCGGCACUCAGACAUCCACCUCGCAGAGUCCGACCCACGUCCCGCUCCCGGGUCUGUGCCAAGCCCCGCGGAUGGCCACGCACCUGUUCAGUCACCUGCCCCUGCACUCCCAGCAGCCCCUGCGCUCGCCCUACAGCAUGAUCCCCUUGGGGGGCAUCCAACUGGUGCCCGCCGGACUGGCAGCUUACUCCACCUUCGUGCCCAUCCAGGCCGGCCCCGUUCAGCUCGCCAUCCCGGCGGGAGUCAGCGUCAUCCAUAGAAACGGCAGCCCGGCGCCCGACGCUCCGCCCCGGCCCGACUCCGCCGAUUUCCAGGGCCAGACUUUCCAGCCCCUCGGUUUAAUGACUCCCCUGCUCCCCCAGCCGGGGGUCGCCCUGCAGGUCCUGGCCGCCUCCCAAAGCCCCCAAACGCACGUCCCCGGCCUGCAGAUCGUGAACAUCGCCCUGCCCGCCGUCAUCCCCGCCCUCAGCCCGCUCCCCGCCCCCAGUCCUGAACGGCGAGGUACCCCGGACUCUCUGAGAGCGCCGACAGAAACCACGCCCCCGCCCGCACCCGUCACCUCCGGCCUCGCACAGACACCAAAAAGCCCAGCACGUAGCGCGGCGUCCCCCAACGCCGCACCCCCGGCCUCCACCUGGCAGACGGUGGUCGACGACUACAACGAGGUUUCCAGCGACGACGAGGACAGACUCGUUAUUGCCACCUGAGACAAAACAAAACACUUUUUUUCGCCCCCCCCCCCUAACUGUCACUUUAAGACUGAAAAACACUUUGUUGACAAAUCACCUUUGAAAGCACAGAUGUUCAUUUUGUACGUGCAAUCACAUGAUGACCAAUCCUUCACUUCGUCAACGCCGGGUAGUCCUUUUUUUGGUUUUUUUUGUACAUGUUGUACAGACAAUCGUGCCUUGAUGGAGUUUGUUGUUGAGGAACUUGUACAUAACUCGUCGCUGGUGUUUAUAUACAUACAUACAUACAUACAUACAUACAGUAUAUUAUAUAUAUAUAAAUAUAAGUGUAUAAAAACAAAAGGCGGUAUAACAACGGUUUUAUUGGAAAGGACUUGUCGUACUGGUUUAUGUACAUUUCUAUGGAUUAUGUGUACAAAAUGUUGUGUUCAGCUAUUUAUUAUAUUCCAUCUAGUGCCCGUUAUGAUUUAUUGGUCCAUAGCUAUGUGCAUUUUUGGUAGCUUGACAUCGCUGUAUCGAUUAUUCUAAACCGUACCAGUAAAGAUUUCUCUACAAACAA